GAGCAGCAGAGAAGAAGCUAGCUGUUAGCUAACCGUCAGAACGGACCGACUGUGUGUCCGGUGAAACAUGAAUCUAACGGUUUCAGCCCGGUGAGUUUACAGCCGGCAGCUCGCUGGUCACAUUGGACAUUAUUAAAAGAUGGAUCUAAACACGAGGAGCGGUUCUCCCAGAGAGGAGGGCGAGCUGGAGGACGGAGAGAUCUGCGAUGAUGAAACCGAGGAAAGUGUGCCACUCCGGCGGGGGGAUGGUAGCAGGCCCGGCCGCGGCGCUCCUCCACGGACACGAAAACCUCGCCAACACCCGCACGACAUGCCGCCACACCUGGGUCACCAGCCGCCAGACUUUCGCCUCAUGAUGCCGUACAACCGCGGACCUCACGGACACGGCCCGUUCCCCCCGAGCCACCGGCAGCAGUGCGGGCCGAGCGGGCCCGACCGGCCUCCGGCUCCGUCCACUCCGCCGCCUCCUCCGCUGCUGCUGCCCCCGGGGCUCGGUCCUCACGGCGAGCCGAGCCCGAGGACCAGCUUCUGGGAACGGAGCCACGGCGCCCUGGGCCGGUUCAGGCACCGAGCCAUGCCGAACGGUGGACGCGGGGGCUGGAACCGUGGCAACCGGGGCGGUGGUAACACCAGAGGUCCCCCCGGUCGUUACGGGCCCGGAGAGAGCCACGGUAACAAGAAAGACUCUCCCAUGAGAAAACAGAAGCAGCAGGGGAGGAACCAGGGAAGGAAAGCUGCUCACAGUGUUUCCAAACCAGAGAACAGUGUUGACGAGUCCUUCGAGGACUUACUCUCCAAGUAUAAGCAGAUCCAGCUGGAGCUGGAGUGCAUCCGCAAAGAGGAGACGAUGGCUCUGGAGCCCAAAGUGUCCCCCGCCAGAGACCAGACCCCAGACCACACUGCCAGUAUCACAGAGACCAAACCAGUACCUGAAACAGUAUCUGAACCAGUACCUGAUCCAGCUCAGGCUGCAGCAGCAGCAGCAGCAGCAGCAGUAGCAGCAGCAGAGGAAGCAUCAGAGAAGAAAGUGUUCCAGGCGUUCAACAUUAAACCACUCCGUCAGAAACUCCCUCCUCCUGUCAGUCUGCAGGAGCUGAAGAAGAAGUGGGUGGAGCAGGAGGGAGGAAGCCACGCUGAGGAUGAGGGUGGUGAAGAAGGAGAAGAAAGAAUGACACAAGAUGGAGCAGAAACGGAACAAAAAGCUGAAGAAGAGUCAGAGGGCACGAAGAAAAAGACGGAGACGUCUGAGUGCAGUGGAGAGGAAAUGCUUAAAAACGAUAAGGAGGAAACUAAGCUGACGUGUUCGAGUCGGAGAUCAUCAACCUCCAGCGAGGACUCUGUUGUCAUGAUAGACAAGGAGCAGCCAGUGGUGCGAGUGGAGGAGGAGGAGCUGUCAGAGCUGCAGCUGCGCCUCCUCGCUCUGCAGUCGGCCAGUAAGAAGUGGCAGCAGAAGGAGCAGCAGGUGAUGAAGAAGAGCAAAGACCGGAUCACAAAAGCGGUUCAGGAGAAGAGCUCCAGCUCUGGAGCUGCUGCUCCUCUGAGCAGGCAGAGAGUCACCACCAGGUCUGCCUCCACUGCUGCAGCUGCUGCUGCUGCCGCCGCUGCUACUGCAGACAGGAGCAGAACCAGGUCCAAACCUCUGGAAAGGGAGCGGGACAGAACUAAGAGUGGGUCCAGAGCUGCAGACAGAGACAGAGAGCGGCCUCAGGAGAGAGACAGGCCCAAAGCCAGUCCUAAACCUGGACCCAAAGCUCCGCCGGAGAGAGGGCGAGCUCCAGGGAAACCUCACGCAGCCAAGAAGAUGAUCAGCCCAGGCUCAGCGGCGAAGCAAGCGUUCAGGAAACAACAGCUGAGGACGUGGAAGCUGCAGCAGCAAAGAGAGCAGGAGGAGAAACGUCGACAGGAAGAGGAGGAGCGACGAAAACGAGAAGACGAGAUCCGACGAAUCCGGGAUCUGUCCAAUCAGGACGAGCAGUACAACCGCUUCAUGAAGCUGGUGGGAGGGAAGACGAGGACGCGCAGCCAGGUGAGACGGCACAAACUGUCCAGAGAUGGAGAACACAGGAAAAGUGCAGGUAAACAGGGACUGGAUGCCUCUGGGAACCUCUACCAAUACGACAACUACGAUGAGGUUGCCAUGGACACGGACAGUGAGACGGGAUCACCAGUCUCGUCUCCGACACACAACAACCCGCUGAUUGCAGACGAUGCAGUGUGUUUCCCUCCCAUGUCUCUGUACGUCGGCGACGCUCUUCAGUUUGGACCGGAUUUCUCUCAGCCGUUCCUCUCCCCCAUAUUGUCCGGUGUUCCUCCUCCACCUCCACCUCUCCCCCCUCCACCAGACGAGCCAGAGCCUCCUCCCAAACCUCCCUUUGCUGAUGAGGAAGAGGAGGAGGAGAUGCUACUCAGAGAGACCUGUCUGAUGUCGAUGGCCAACAAGAGAGUGACAGCCACAGAGGAGAAGACCUCCAGCGGUCCUCCGUCUCCCAGCUGUCCGCUGGCUGCAGGCAUGCAGCAGCCAAUCAGAGGCAACCUGAGCACUGUCAGUCUGAACACCGUCACUCAGUCAAGAAGCAACAAGUUCAGUAGAGGACAUCACGCUGCCAGAGCUCCGCUGAUGCUGCCUCGACACAAGUCAGUGGUGGUUUCUCUCAAAGACUCUGAUGACAGUGACUCAGACAUGGAUGCCUGCAGCUCCUCUCAGUCAGCGUUUGGAGGACUGGAGUUCAUGAUCAAGGAGGCCCGGAGAACAGUGGAGGCAGCGAAGCCUAAAGCAGCGUCGGGCUCUGAGAAGGAGAACAACCCACUCAGAACUCCAGAGGCUUUACCUGAAGCUAAGAGAGCAGAGUACCGCCUGCUCAAAGAGGAAAUCGCCAGCCGGGAGAAGCAGAAGAUGCUGAAGGAUCACAGUCCGAGUCCUCGUGGCUCCGGCUCUCCUGCUGUCUCUGAAUCUGUGCUGGAUCCAUCAGUGAAGUCCUCCACAGAGCUGAAAGUGUCUGAAGCAGAGCAGAAACUCAGCAAACACAGGGAGCUGCUGCAGCGAGACGAGGCCAUCCUCAGACAGCUGCUCCACCAGGAGCUUAAGAAGAGAGAGUCUCUGAAGGCUGCUGAGACCAAAGUGUCCAAACUGAGAGAGCAGCUGCAGGCGUCAGAGAAGAUCGUCAGUGCCAACAAGACGCUGCUGAAGAAGCUGCAGGAGCAGGUGCAUCGUGUUGAACAUCGGGUGUCCAUAAAGAAGUCUGUGGCUGCACGGUUGGAGAAGGAGCUGACUGAGGCUCAGCUGGCUGCAGGCAGAGGACCAAAACGCAGAACAGAUUCCAGCCAGACUCUGCCCAAUAAGCUGCAGCGUCUGGACGGAGCUCCUCGUGGAUCGGAACGCCACUUUGCGGAGCUGAUCGCUCAGAAGCAGCGGUUGCAGCAGCUGGAGUCAGAGUACGCCCUGAAGAUCCAGAAGCUGAAGGAGGCUCAGGCUCUACACAACAAAGGGUUGACAUUAGAGCUGCCUGUGGAGCCACUGCUACGAGCCUCCACCCCUCCUGAGCGUCAGACCCAGAUCCCACCUCCCUCCUCCCCCUUCUCUCUGCCCCAGCCCUCCCUGCACGACCUCACCCAGGACAAACUCACCCUGGACAGCGAAGACGUCACAGAGGCCGAUGAUCAUGAGUCAGAAUCGGCACCUACUGCAAGAGGAAGCCGCCGAAACUCCCUCCGUCAGUCCAGCUGCUCCUUCACCAAACCCCACCUGGAGCAGCUGAGCUCCCCUCCAGCGAAAGAAACCAGCUCCAAACCUGCCAAAACCUCUGCCCAGACCUCCGCCAAGAUGUCAGCCAGCUGCACGCUGCCUGCAGAGGUGUUUGCAGGGCAGGACAUGGAGGCUCUGAAGCUGAGGUACCAGCAGCAGCCCCGACUGGGAGAGCUGUUGCAGAGGGAGCUGCAGAGAGUGGGUGGACAUGUCCACAACCCUGCCAAUAAAAAGGUGGUCGCCAUGGAGGUCGACACAGUAACGAACCAAUCAGGGAGCUCUGAGCUGAAGCCUGUUCCCUUUGGGUCAUAUCACAGCCCUCUGUUGGUCUUCAGGUCAUACAGGUUCAGUCCGUAUUACAGGACCAAGGAGAAGUUGUCUCUGAGCUCCGUCACAUAUAGCAACACCAUCGAACCAAAAAAGUGUUUCUGUCGCUUUGAUCUCACAGGAACCUGCAACGACGACGACUGCAGAUGGCAGCACAUGAGGAACUGCACUUUGACUGGAAACCAACUUUUCCAGGACAUCCUGUCAUACAAUCUGUCUCUGAUCGGCUGUUCUGAGACCAGCUCAGACGAGGACAUCAGUGUCGCCACAGAAAAGUACAUGAAGAAGCUGUUUGGCACGAACAAAGACCGCAUGGGGGUCGACCAGAAGGCCGUCCUCCUCGUCAGCAAGGUCAACGAAAGCAAACGACACGUCCCUCCAUUCACCACCUGUAAAGACACGAGGACGUGGAGGCCGAAGCCGUCUGCGCAGAGCAGUUUCAGGCCAGAGGAUGACAGCGAGGACGAGUCUGCAGGAGGAGAGAUGACGCCGCCAGGGAGACUUGAUGGCGUCUCCAGGACCAACAUGUCUGCUCUGGACGUUUGCGUCACAUCAGAGGACAAACGUUAUUUUGUCAGUGAGACGGACGACAUAUCAAACCUGGAGAGCAGUGUCCUGGAGAGUCCCUGUGACACUCAGCUGUGGAUCAAAUUAGCCUUCAAAUACCUCAGUCAGAAUGAAACGUCUGCAGCAGAGUGUUUAGAAGCCGCCCUGAACACGUUGUCUCGCUCUCUGGAGACUAACUGUGAUGACCCGGAGGUGUGGAGCCACUAUCUGUCGCUGUUCUCCAGGCGGGGCAGCAGGGAGGAGGUGCAGGAGAUGUGUGAGAUGGCUGUGGAGCACGCGCCCCACUACCUAGUGUGGUGGAAAUAUUUAAACCUGGAGAGCUCGUUCGAGGGGAAGGACUACGUAUGUGAUCGUCUGCUGCAGUUCCUCCUCUCUGAAGCUUCUUCUGGUGUCACAGACAAGCUGUCCUUCCAGCUGAUGGAGGCUCUGCUUUACAGAGUCAACCUCAACCUGUUUACAGGCCGCAUGGAGAGCGCCCUAGCUAUUCUCCAGAAUGCGUUGAAGUCGGCCCACGAAAGGAGCAUCGCUGAGCACCUGACGGCCAGCGACCGGGCACUGCUCUGGCUCUCCUACAUCCACCUGACAGAGUUCGACCGGCUGCCGUUGAGCCUGUUCGACCCGGCAGAGUCCGGCCCCUCCAGACUGGUCAGCAGAGAGUCCUUCCUGCUGCCCUGGAGGACGCCACAGGACAUCAGCACGCCGCUCCACAUCCUCAUCGCUCUCUUCCAAGACGCCAUCCAUCAGUGCAGCGAUGAGUCUCUGUCUCAGAGUGAGAGGAUGCUGGCCUGCCUUCCUCUCCACACCAACCUCAUCUUCCUCAACAAGCUGCUGGACAGGUUGGACGAGGGCGUGGCUCUGUGCGAGUCUCUGCUGGAGUCUUGUCCCGAGUCGUGCGCUAUGAGAGACGCUCUGGCUGAGCUCCACAUCAGGAGGGGAGAUGAAAAUCAGGCGGUCAACAUGUGGCUGCAGGCUCUGGCAGAGUGUCCCAACAACGCGGAGGUCUUCUACCAUUCCUGCAAGUUCCUCAUGGCUCAGGAGAAGUCAAGUGCCAUCGCUCCUCUGUUUCGAGUGUUCAUCCUGUCGCUGUGUGAGGACCAGCAGAGUCAGAGGAAACCCGUGGACGUUCUGAGACAUAUCCUUGGUUUCCCCACUGAGGGGCUGCUGAGAGGUCCCGUCAUCAGGGAGCUUCAGGAGCAGCUCAGUGAACAGAUGCCAUACCUCCACCUCAUCCACUGUCGCUGGCAGUGGCUGCACGGCUCUGUGGAUGACACGGUGGACGCCUUCGAGAGAGCGCUGGGCUCAGCCAUGAAACUGGAGGAGCUUCACAAACUCUGGAUGGAUUACCUGGUGUUCAGCAGUCAGCAGGUCCAAGGUCCGUCCAACAGUCAGUCCAAACUGUUCUCAGAUCUGGUCUACCGCUGUCUCAGCACCGUCCCAUCUCGACUGGAGGUUCCCUUCAACCCGGCAGAGUUCUGGAGCUGCUACAGCUUCCACAACAAGGUGGUGAUGCUCUACCUGAGCUGUCUGCCGCAGUCCCAGCAUGCACUUGUUCUGGAGAGAUUAAGAUAUGCCAUGCCCAACAACACUGAACUGGGCCUGAGGUUGCUGUAUCAGGAGUGGCAGGACGGGAACAUUGAACACCUGAAGUUCCAGGUCAGGAUGCUGAGCAGUCUUGCUCCCAAGUGUUUGACCUACUGGAACAUAGCGAUAUCAGUGGAGAGGGAGCUGAAGGAGCCAUCUGAGGUUCGACUUCUGUAUCAGCAGGCUCUCCAAACCCUUCCACUGUGUGCUGCCCUCUGGAAACAUCGCCUACUGUUUGAAGCGGCCGAAGGACGGAGCUCAGACAGACUGAGGACGCUGGUGGACAGGUGUCAGCAGGUGGGAGUGAGUCUCAGUGAGCCGCUCAGUGUAGAGACGUGUGCAGAGCACACUGAACAUCAGUGACUCAAACUCAAACACAAUAAAUAAACACAGUGAUGUAGAUGAUAAAGUGAGAGCAGACAGAUCAGACGAGGUAAGACAGACGCCCCGUCCCCGUCCCCCCCCCCCCCACACACACACCUCCUCGGGGACACCAUGUCUGGAGCUGCUUAUAUGACAUCAUGGACGUAAGUAUCGACCUGCUGCUGAGUGACAUUCUCUUUGAUUCAUGUCCUCCCUGUUUUGUUUCUGUCACUUUUCAUUUGGAUUCAUUUCCUCCCUUUUGAUUUGGUUUUACCUGAGGGUGGGGUGGGGAGGUGGGGGAGGGGACAUCUCACUGUGGUGUUUGACCCCCUGUGUGUGUUUUUAAAGGAAGUUUUCCCUCCUGUAGUGAUGCUGCAACAUCUGCACGUUGUCUUUUCUUUGUCUCCUGAGGAAACACAAGACUUUUCUUUUGUUAACGCGAUCAAACUGAAUCUUUUCCAUUUGGCUUCGUCCGUCUGAGAGACAUUCUGAGCCCCAGAGACUGAUCCGCUGCAGGACUCUGCCGCACCACCAUGUUUUCUUUUUGUCAGACUUCUACCACAUGAUAAUGAUUCAAGAGUAUUAGAGAGGAGAGGAGUCCUUCCACUGUUGUUUUUUAUAUGUUGCAUUCAAAUGUUAUUAAAUUAUUUUCUAAAGAU